GUUCAUGAAACAGAUUCCAUUAUUUUGCCAGGUAUUGCGCCUACGCAUGUUUCCCGCAAAUGGAUGUGGCUUUGGGACUUCUCAGUAGCCUUGCUGGAUGGAGUGAUGUCCACGUGUGGGCGGAGCAUGGGGAUAUAAAAAACAGCCGUUCAGUGGGCUUGAUAUCAGAUUCCCGAGAGCUGCCGCGAGAUCUGCACCGCCUCAGGAAGUCUCACAGUAACGCUGUGUAUGCGCGCGCUCACUCGUGUUGGUUUUUUUCCUCUUUCCAGUCUGAAUUGGAGAAAGUUUGUCCUGUCCUGACUUGACCGGGUUUAGGCGUCUUACUUACGUUUUACUUUUAUAAUAUUAAGUCAUUUUGGUUUUUAGCUUCAGAGAGCAUCAGUUUGUUGUGUAAAAAUGACCAAGCCGAGUAGUUUUUACACCCUGUUGUUGUUGUUUCUGGUGUGGCGGGCGGCUGAGGUAGCGGAAGCCUGCAGCUGUUCUCCUAUACAUCCUCAACAGGCUUACUGCAACGCCGAUGUCGUUCUAAGAGCCAAAGUGGUUGGACGGCAAGAAAUUGUCACAGGCAAUGACAUCUAUGGCAAUCCAAUCAAGAGAAUCCAGUAUGACAUUAAACAGAUGAAGAUGUUCAAGGGACCUAACCAUGAAAUUGACGCCAUAUUCACUGGCCCUUCAUCUGCUGUGUGUGGUGUGAACCUGGAUGUCAAUGACAAAAAGGAAUACCUGAUCUCAGGUAAACUGGAGUCUGAUGGCAUGAUGCAUGUGACACUGUGUGACUUCAUCCAGCCAUGGGAGUCCCUGACCCCUGCUCAGAAAAAAGGCAUGGACUCGCGUUACGAGACAGGUUGUAAGUGCAGGAUUACCUACUGUGCAUCUGUCCCCUGUUCGAUCAGUGUUCCUGCUGAGUGUCUAUGGACUGACUGGCUUAUGGAGAAUUCUGUGCAGGGUCCCCAAGCUCGGCACUACACCUGCAUAAAGAGGAACGAUGAUUCUUGCGCUUGGUAUCGUGGAGCCACUGCACCAAAGAAAGAGUUCCUGGACAUCGAAGAUCCAUAAAUCUGCAAGCUCCUGACUUUGCAUCCCUCUUUUAGAAAAUCUCCCUAACACUGCAACGGACCCUUUAAAUAAUCACACCAUUAUUCAGUUGUAUUCUGUACUUUAUGAUAUAGUUCUGGUGAUAUGACAAUGUAAACGAAUACAGCAGAGAUACUGUUCUCUGACUUUUUGUAAAGCACUUUGAGUCCCCAAUAGCACCUAUAUGCGACUAUGCUGUUUAGGAAAAAAAUGUUUACUGAUUUUAUUACCACUGUUUUAGCUCUUUGGUUGGAAUUUAGAUAACUAAAAUGUUGAUGUUUUUAGAGAAAAUAAGAAAUUAUUAAAAGAACUAAGUCAAAUUUGUUUUAGGAAGUCUAAAAUUUUAGUUACCCCAUGCCCUGAUGAUAUGGUCUCUCUGAAAUGCCUUCAUUGCCAUCUCACAGAUACAGUAAAUAGAGAAGUAACUUAUUAGAAUUAACCAAAGUGAUGUGAUUUGUGUACAAUGUGGACUUAUACAGUACAAUAGAUGUAAAAUAAACUGCUUACUAUACUAUGCACAAAAGACAUCUUGUAAUAAUUUAUGUAUGUUGUAAUAUAUACAUGUUUCUAAUUUAUAUCUAAACACUCAAUUUUGGUGAUUCAUAAAAAGUUAAGGCUUUCUAUUUGCAUUAGAUUUUUUUUUUUUGUGAAACUUUGAUGCAAAGUGUUUAAGCAGAAACAAAUCCAGUAUACAAACAAAUCUAGUAUUCCAGUUAUUCAACCAACAAAUGUGUAGGAAAGGUCACAAACCUUAAUUCAGUCAUCUUGUAUAUCAUGACAUCUUUUUUUCCUACGUGUUUUUGUCUGUGCUGUGGUUUGUUUGUUUUUUUAAUUCAUAAAAUGUCCUCUUUUUUUUUUAAAUCAUGAGGAAAAAAAAAGAGGUAGUGUGAGAUUUCUGGUGCUGGAACCAUUGGGAAGACUAAGUGAGCUACCCUGUGCAUGCCUUUCAUACUCCUGUAUUAUUCAUCUUGAUGUAACAGUUCCAUAUUCAUGAAUAAAAGAAAAGAUAAGCACUGA